CAUAUGAAAAACUGAAACUCCUUGUUAACCGUCAUGUGAACCAUAUUUCAUGUCUAAAUGUCCUCACCAGAUGUGCAAAUGUGUUCUCACUCACAAUGAAAAGUAAGCUGGAGUUGGAAACCUAACAUUGUGCUUUUUUAUACAGAGUAACUGUUUCACAUACCGGGUGGUCCUGCAAGAAAUAGAGUUAAAGAAAAAGUCCUUUCUUUGGUUCUUUUACGUUGAGCACAGUGGGGGUGGGAAGAUUAAUCCAAAGGAAAUUCACUUUAUGUUAUAUAAUCCCAUAUUGCACUUAUUCAGGUGAGAUAAUAUUCUUAAAUGAAGUGAAUGCAUGCUAAAGCUCAACGGUCAGUACAAUGCUGGUGCAUACAUUACAACUAAAACGUGUUUAAAACCUGUAAACCAGUUUAACCUCUGAAGCCUCUCCUGUUUCUCUCGUUUUUGCUCUUCAGAGUGCUGAGAGAGCCGGUGGGCAAGUUGUACUUUGCAGGCACAGAGACGGCCACCGAAUGGAGUGGCUACAUGGAGGGGGCCGUACAAGCUGGAGAGAGAGCAGCCAGAGAGGUCAUGUGUGCGAUGGGUAAACUCCAACCUAAUCAGAUCUGGCAACCUGAGCCUGAGAACGAUGAAAUCCGGGCACUCCCGUUUGUUACCACCUUCUGGGAGAGAAACCUGCCUUCGGUUGAUGGUUUCCUCAAAUUCUUAGGAGUCUCCACAUUCCUGUCUGCUGCCGCCGCAGCUGGCUUGGUGGCCUACAAGAAGGGCAUCAUCCCCCGGAGUUAAACCACCCUGUCGUCUCACUCCUCCACAUCUCAAGGGAACACGUCUCAAUAGACACUUGUGUACUUCUAGUGCUUUAUGGGCCCAAACUACAGAGUAGUGACCUACAUAGGGUAUACAUUGUUUUUUGAGAAACACCGUGAUGUGAGAAGGACUGCUCAGCUCAUGCAAAAACACUAACACACUGUUACUCUGUCCACAAACGAAAGAGAGAAUGAAGCAGGUGAGAAGGGCUGACUGAAAGGUGUUUGAGAGGAGGGACGAAAGCCUAACUUCAGUUUAAAACAUGCAGACUCAGAUUGUGAAACCAAUGAAGGAAAAAAGAUCAGAAUCAGUUCGUAAGGGGAAACCUUCUCUGUCACUAUUACUAUCCCAUACAAUGCCAAUGAAAUCCACUGUGUCGAUUAUAUGUGAGUUUAUAAAAGUCGCCAUGCUUACUGUGUAUGAGCCUCGUCUGUGUCGCAUGCUUCGGUGAGCAUGCAUUCGUGAGCGUGUGGUCAUCACCUCACCGCCCGUGUGCAUGAGUUUCCACUGUGUGUCUAAUUACCGCUGCUGAUUUUAGGUGCCGAUUUAUUCUGGCCAAGCAGCCGUAGCUGUUUGAUGAAAUCCAGUGACUUCAGAAGAGAGAAGAGUCAGUAUAGUGACACUGUCCACAUAGAAAAUCAGAGAGGAGGUUCAAGGACAAGUGGGGGGAGGGGCUUUUUCUGUCAGCAAAUCCCAUGAAAACACAAAUGAAUAGUGAAUUUUAGCAUUGUCUUUGUAGCUAAAGCCAGAUGUGAGUCGCAACCCUAAAGUGAGUUGGUACCACGUGAAAUGGGUUUUGUUGUUUCUCUUAAAUUUAAAUUUUAUUUACAUCUCAAAGCCCAAAUUAUGUGCCCUAAUAUGAAUCCUAAUAUGUAGCCUAAUAAUGUCAUAUUAGGGCACUAAAUGUGUAUUAUUUCCAAUGAGCGAUCUGUGCAGUUGAAGGCUGGCUCCAAAAGCAGGUUAGUCCUCACAGACUCCUAUGUUAAGAUGCCUAGGUUUCCACCUGAAAAGGCAUCUUUAAAGCCUGGGGCAGUCUCUGUAGCUAAUUGUCUCCUUCAUGGUAACUCCUUUAAUAUAAAUCCUCUGUUUAAACUAUAGUAAGUCUUAGGUAUCAGCAAACACAGGCUACCAAAUAUGGCCACCAAAAAAUAAGACGGUGCCAGUCUAAAUGCUGAACCCAUAAAUUUAAUAAGAAAUCCUUAAACUAAUGGUGACAAUAAUGAUUAUUAUAAAGAAUAAUUAAACACUUCUCAGUUAUAGUUACUUGUUGUUUUAACUCUUUACCCGCUUGUCUAAAUCGACCAGGAGUGACCUUGAAUGCUUCAGGCUUAUAGAAAAAAACGACUGGUGUGCAUCAUAAGUUAGUGCGGGUGGUCUCUCCCUGUGCAACUAGACUUAGAAAAACCCAGAAACUGUUCUGAUUGUCUUCAAACCACAACUUUAUUGAUAUAUGCUGAGGUGUCAAAACUCAUCAUCAAGGCUACAAAGGGGAUGUCGUCAGUGUCUCUUUAUGGAGUAAAGAGUUAAAGUUUAUCCAGACUGAACACAGAGCAGGUACAGAUGUUCAACAAAUAGUUAUGUUUUCUAUAUUUUUAAUCUUCAAGUAUACCAAAUUUUUCAUAUCCAUAGAUAAAAGUGUGCACGUUUUAUUAAUAAGAGCUCAGAAGUGGGGCUAGAAGGUGAAUGCAGCUUAGCUUUUUGUGACUUCUCAAACAAUCUAGUUUUUUCCUGUAGUUUCUCUUCAACAGGAACUCUAGGCUCACGUACAUAAGCCAGGAAGUGGUAAGACAGACCAGUUCACUGUUAGAAUUUGUGGGAUUUGUUGACAGACAAAAAGAAAAACUCAUCCUAAGAAUGGGAAGAGUCAGCCUUAUUCUUUUAAUGGAAAUGUAGUGGUGUCCAGCUGCUAGUGUGGUAAUCUAUCGGUCAGUAUGACGGAAGCAUUUGAAUGUAUUUUCCUCACACUAGAUAACACAUGCAUGGUGGUUUUGCUAAGGUAAUCACAUUUUUCACUUGUGUAUUUUUACCUUUUCACAUUCUCACAGAUAAACACGAUCCCACCGGCUCUAAGGCGUCCUUGUAACAACUGUUUUGAUUUGUUUAGGAAAAAGGAAACUGUCUUUUAGAGAAACUUUAAAGAAAUGACAUUCUUGCUGAAAAACUGACUCGCUGCAACAAAGGUUUAAGUACUGGCUGCUCAGCAAGCAGUGUCGUCAGCAAUCAUUUGUCCGGGUAAAAUCAUUUGUCGGGGGUGUAGAUGUGAAAGCCAACCUGCUGCACAGUCCUCUGUGUGCAGCUCUUUAUGCCCACUACAAGAAUCAUGCUGUUCUUGUCCCAAAGAUGUUUGUGAGUGUAGUUUAUCUGUUGUGCCUUAAUGGAAAUUGUAACAUUUUUGUCAUUUUAUCGCAAGUGCCUGUGACUCUGACACUCUCAGCCCUCAUCCCUCUUUCCCUCCCCCACCUGCUCCGGAGGUGAGAGGUCAGAUGGACCAGGUCAUCGGUUCAAGGCAUCAUCUGCGCUCAUUAACAGGGGUCAGCAUUGUGUUCAAGUGUAUCCGAAAACCUUUCAUUUUAAAAGUUCCCCUUACCUGAGUUAUGUCCUCACUGCAAACUUGACUCAGGUAAAGCCGGGUGUAAAAACACAGCAUCAGAGCUCAGACUGUUGAGGUGAUCCCUCUGCUUAUCUCUGUGUCCGUGUGUGCUUCGUGUUGUCCCUGCAGCGCUUCUUCCCUCGUUGUGGUGUCCCUCUCCCGUCUGACCCUCAGUCCCAGUGCAGGUUUUAUGUGCAGUUCUAGAAGUAAUGAUUGAAUAAUAAUGUCACUUUUUGAACCAUCACUAAAAGUGUUUGAGUUUAUGGUUGGCUGAACAAACAAAGCCAGCAAAUUCCAUCCACCCUGUCGAAAAACAACAACAACAAACUACAGCACUCACAACAAACCAUCAGCAGACGUGAUGCAGCGUUAUUCAUUAUGGGGUUUUUCUGGAGAUACCCCCCCUUCCUUUGUCCCUCUGUGCAUAUGAGCCUUCUUAACUAUUCCUGUGACCUGCUCUUUGAUGUCUUUGAUUCCUCAUACAAAGCUGGUGAUAUUUAACAAAAUGUGAAAUAAAUCUUUUACUCGCCUUAACCUGA